AUGCUGCACGACGCGUCAAGCUUAGAAGCGGAUGUCACGUGCAAGCCGUCGUUCCCUCUUGCGCACUGCGUUUGUCCUUUCGGCUGGGGCAAGGCCAUGGUCGUGUUGGAGUAUGACGCAUCCAAGUUUGCCAAGCAACCAGAGAUGCCCACAUUCUCCAGUGCGCCAUUUUUCUUCGACCGCAGCAAAAUCAAUUCCGACGGUGCGCCAGAUUUACAUUCCGGCUCCUUGUUCGCGGACGCAAAACAUACACAGCCGCACUCGAACCCGAAUGUAUCCUACUAUUACCCAGCUGGUGUAUCUGACUACCAUUACGGCGAGCGCCACCCAAUGAAACCCGCACGGCUUGCAUUGACGAACCGCUUGGUCCAUGGCUACGGCCUGCACAAGUACAUGGAUGUAUACUCGCCUCGGUGGGCGACAAAAGAGGAACUGGAGAUGUUCCAUGAUAGCGAUUAUGUCGACUUUCUCAAGAACGUGACACCAACAAUGCCGCUUGAUUCCACCUUUACCAAAUUUAAUUUUGCCGACGACUGCCCUGUAUUUGACGGCAUGUACGACUUUUGCCGUUCUUAUUCCGGCGCAUCGCUCGCUGCAGUACGGCGGCUGGCUGCGGGCACGACAGACAUUGCGAUCAAUUGGACGGGUGGGCUGCAUCACGCAAAGAAGGCGGAAGCGAGUGGGUUCUGCUACAUUAAUGACAUUGUGCUCGCGAUUCUAGAGCUCUUGCGCACGUUUCCCCGCGUCCUUUACAUUGACAUUGAUAUACACCACGGCGACGGUGUCCAGGAGGCAUUCUACACGUCCAACCGUGUCAUGACUGUGUCUUUUCACAAGUACGGGAAUGAUUUUUUCCCAUGCACGGGCGACAUUAGCGAGAUUGGGGUGGACCUCGGCAAGCAUUUCUGCUUGAAUGUGCCGCUCCAGGACGGAAUCGACGACAGUGCAUAUGUGUCGUUAUUCAAGAGCGUCAUCGAGCCGUGCAUCUUCACAUUCAGGCCAGGCGCGAUCGUGCUGCAGUGCGGCGCAGACUCGCUGGGCUUGGAUCGUCUCGGUUGCUUUAAUCUGAGUAUUGCAGCGCACGGCGAGUGUGUUGCGUUCACCAAGGCGUUUGGCAUUCCUCUCCUGGUGCUGGGUGGGGGUGGAUACACAAUUCGGAACGUGGCACGGUGCUGGACAUAUGAGACUUCAGUGCUUACAGGGACGCAGAUCCCCGACGACUUGCCGCAUACGCCGUACGACGCAUUUUUCGCCCCGUCACACCGCCUUCACGAGCCGUUACUUGCGCGUGUAGAGAACCAAAAUGCGCGCGCAAAUCUGGAGCGGAUUCGUGUCCAGGUCCGCGAACAGCUCCGAUACCUUCACGGCGCGCCCAGUGUGCAAAUGCAAGAAUUGCCGCCCGAUCUGGCCGGCGGAUGGGUCGAUGAGCCAGUAAAAGAGGAAGACUGA